UUUAUCAUUAUCUGCGCUUAAUUGAUAUCAAACAAACGUAUCGGACGAGCAAAUAUCAAAGACAAUUGCUCCUUCAUGUGCGUUGGUAGUCAUUAUGUAAAUUUAAACAUUUUAACAAUAGACGUUCAUUGUGUAGUGUAAUAAUCGAAAAUGAUAUUAUAGAAUUCAAUCACCAGUGGUUAUAAACAAACACAAUGGCUGAGAAGAAAAGUAAAGCAAUGGAGGCGUCCGAUGAAAAACCAUUGAAGGAUGACGUUAAAGUAAAAUUGGAGACACCAAAAACAUUCACGGAGAAAUUGUCGCACGUUAAAAGAAACAUAACAGUGGAACCCUUGCUUGCUGGUUUAAUUAUACCGAGUAUAAUAUCCAAAUUUGCGAUGGCGAAUUUCAAUAUAGAGAAAGCAUGUAGAGUGAAUCUGGCGUUUGAUGAUGAAAUUUGUGAUGCGUUAAUAAACAAAACUAACAAUAAUUAUUCGAUGUACGAGAUGGAAGUGCAAAAACUAAUAGCAUCUAUAGACAUUUGGAAGGGGGUGAUACAUACGGCUUUGCCGUGUAUAAUAAUUAUGUUCCUUGGAGGUUGGAGUGAUAAAACUGGAAAGAGGAAGAUUUGUAUUCUGUUACCAAUAUUUGGUGAAGUACUCACGUCCAUUAACAAUUUAAUUAACGUUUACUUCUUUUACGAGAUACCCGUUCAGGUGACUGUGUUUCUAGAGACAUUCUUCCCAGCGAUCACAGGUGGUUGGGUUACAAUGUUCCUCGGUGUCUUCAGUUAUAUUAGUGAUAUAACUUCUGAAGAGACCAGAACCUUCAGAGUUGGACUGGUUAACCUUUGCAUGACUGCUGGCUUACCGAUCGGUAUUAGUCUCAGUGGAAUCCUUUUACAAAGAAUGGGAUAUUAUGGAAUAUUUACAAUGACAACGGCGAUGUUCUUAGUAGUGCUGGCGUACGGUGUUUUCCGCCUAAAGGAGCCUGAUGAUUUUCUACGAGAGAAUGGACUUCCACCAAUAGAACGGGAGAGCACUUCGGAAGUGUCGUUUUUCGAUGUAACUCACGUCGGCGAGACGAUUGCAGUGGCGUACAGGCCUCGUCCCUCGAACAGAAGGGUCAAAGUUAUCUUGACACUUUUCACCGUCUUCAUACUCUUCGGGCCCAGCAUGUCGGAGCAUCACAUAUUCUAUCUGUUUGUUAGAAAUCAACUCAAUUGGGAUAUGGUCAAAUUUGGCCUCUAUACCAGUUACUCUAUUCUUUUACACUCAAUAGGAGCUAUGUUUUCUAUCACGGUGUUGAGUAGACGACUACAAGUGGAUGACUCCUUGCUCUGUCUCAUAUCUAUUACAAGCAAGUUCGUUGGAUCGAUAUGGACUGCCUUCGUGAGAUCUGAUAUAGAAAUGUAUUUAAUUCCCGUCGCUGAAUUUCUUAAUGGUACAACAUUCACAUCUCUACGCUCUAUCAUAUCGAAACUAGUUGAUAAACAGGAAACAGCUAAGGUGAAUUCACUGUUUUCUUUAACGGAGACAUUAGCAUCUCUGCUGUUUAAUCCACUGUACUCCUGGCUGUACAUGAGGACCCUCCACGUCCUGCCAGGGACAGUGUUCCUCGUCAGCGCUGCCUUGAUCAUACCAGCAGCUAUUGUACUUAUUUCCUUCUAUCUACAACAUAAAAAGGAAGUUAGAAAUGAAAGAAAAGAAGCACUAGAAGCGGAAGAAAAGAAAGAAGCUGAAGCUAAUACAGCUGGUACUAUCAAUUUCUAUGAUAAUGAUACUAAAGAUCUUAACACUAAGAAAAUGGAUAUUAUGAAUAUUUCUCCUCUGUCGAAUAAGAAGUCUAUUUCUAAUUCACUUAAAAUAAGUACCGUUGGUAGCAGUAAAAAGGAAACAUAAUUUAAAUUUAUUUUUUCUACCUGUUGCUUUAAUUAUGUAACGCAGUUGUUAACAAUUCUCAUUUCAAACAGAUUUAUAAUCCAAAACGAUAAAUCUAUUUUGUUAGUACAUAUUAUCAUUCCACAAUUAAGCUUGUAAAUGCAACUCUAAAUUUUUUGAUAAAUAAAAUCGCAAAUCUAUAUUUUAAUGGGCUACAAUAGCAGCAGCAGCCUUUCAUAAUAAUACCCACAACAUUAAAUCAUUUUGAAGAUAUAAGAACUAUGAUAAUGUGUAUUUAUACAUAAAAGUGCUAUUGCAAUAAAUCAUGUACAUUCAUUCUUUGAUAUCAGAUUACCGACAAUUUUCAUGAGAAUGGGAUUGAUUGAAAUUGACAAUUUAGCGAUUAUUUAUGAAAAUUUUGACAGUGACAUUUCUGACAACACUUCGGUCUAUAUCUGCAGCUGUCAAAUACGCGUAGUUCAUUCGAAAAUCAGAAAACUGACAAAUUGUGUUUGUUGUCAAAUGAGUUUUAGAAUUAGCAACUGAUUUAUAUAAUUAAACCACAGAUUCUCUCUGUUUUAUAGAGCGGAAUAUGAAAUUGUUAAAAUCAGAAUAAUAUACCUAUAAUGUAUGUUUCAAAAUUUAACAAAUAUACAUUAAUUCAAUAGACCUUUGACUCCUUGUUAUUAUCUAAUCUCAAAAACUUUUAUCAGUGUCCACAAAAUUGGCCAAGGUUGAACUUUCAUAGAAUUAAUACUUCACAUUUAUUAUCUUCGUCAUUAACUCCUUUAUUUAUUGAAAACUAAAACCAACAAUUUCAUUUUACGUAUUACAAAGGACAAAACAGUUUAAUAUCUAUAAAUAGGAUAUUAUUUGGCAUUUUUAU